CCUUAAGGAAGCCAUGACGGCAGUGCCAAUGAAAGCCCUCAUCGCUGGCGUCUUCUUGCUGGCAAAUGCCUGGCACAUUUCAGCCGGACAUGAGCAGCAGCAUCAGCGGCAUCUGCAGUGCUGGCACUGCAGUUCGGACACCAUUGGGGCAGAGGACUUCUGCGAUGUGACCUUCCAGGAGGACAACAUACCCACGGAUCUCAUCAAGGAGCGGAACAUCAAUCUGCUGAGGAGCUGCAAUAGCACCAUCAACUCGGAUCACGAGCGGCCCGUCUGCCGCAAGACUGUGGAGGAGAACAAUGGCAAGAUGAUAACCAAACGCUUCUGCUACUACACCAACAAAUCGGAUCCCGUGGAGCUGUGCAACGUGACCAGUCCCGAGAAGAAUGUGCGGCGGAUAUUCUGCGAGGACUGCCUCACAGAUCGUUGCAACAGUGCCCCCGGAUUGGUGGCGAUUAUGACGGCCAUUCUUAUGAUACCCAUCCUGGGUCUAGUUCCACAGCUGGCCAUAUAAAUGAAGGACUGGACUGGACUGGGCUCAAGGAAGGUCCUUCUGUAGCAUCUCUCUCUCUUUAUCCUGUAUUUUAGUUGGAACGUGAUAUUUUGCCUGGUCCAUGGAGCCGGGCUGUUGCUGAUUAACGAUUUAGUUAGUUUAAUUUACUCUUUAGCCUAGAUUUCCCUCAAAGAUUAAGUAAUUAUAUUAGUUCUUGUACGCGUAUGAUUUGCCUGGCUGAGUGCCAAAGUUAGCCAAGCUCAAAGCCCCCUCUAAAAGCCUUUCCACAAAUAAAUAUAAAUAUCCCAAAAAUACCCCUAAUACCAGUAAAAACAGUAUACUAUGUGAAACAUAUUUUAAUGUAAAGCAAACAAACACAAACAAACAAAACAUUCUAUGUAAUUAUCACAGUUGCAACAAAAAAUGAUGACUCAAGAAUUAACACAAAAUACUCAAGCACACACUCACUCAAACACCGAAUAAAGUUUACACAAUUGAAUCCUC